UUUUUUCAUCCUCAUCUGUACUGAAAAGUAACCAUCAACUAUGGGAGACGCGGAAAUGGCCACAUUUGGGGAGGCCGCCCAAUUUCUCCGCAAGAGUGAGAAAGAAAGAAUUGAGGCCCAGAGCAAACCCUUCGAUGCAAAGAACACUGUAUUCGUAGAUGAUGCAAAGGAAUUGUAUGUUAAAGGUAUGGUUACAGCACGAGAAGGUGACAAAGUCACAGUAAAGACUGACGAUGGCAGGGCUGUAACUGUCAAGGAAGAUCAAGUUUACCCCCAAAAUCCUCCUAAAUUCGAUAAAAUUGAAGACAUGGCUAUGAUGACUCAUCUGAAUGAGGCCUCUGUGCUGUACAAUCUCAAAGAGCGUUAUGCAGCAUGGAUGAUCUAUACUUACUCUGGCCUUUUCUGUGCCACUGUAAAUCCUUACAAGUGGCUACCAGUGUACAACCCAGAGGUUGUUGCUGGCUACAGAGGGAAGAAGCGUGUGGAAGCCCCACCUCACAUCUUUUCCCUUUCUGAUAAUGCCUACCAGUUCAUGUUGACAGAUCGUGAAAAUCAGUCUGUCCUUAUUACUGGAGAAUCUGGUGCAGGAAAGACUGUCAAUACCAAACGUGUCAUCCAGUACUUUGCAACAAUUGCUGCACUUGGUGACUCUGGAAAAAAGAAGGAACCCAUCAACAGCUUGCAGGGGACUCUGGAAGAUCAAAUCAUCCAGGCCAAUCCCCUACUGGAAGCCUUCGGUAAUGCCAAGACUUUGAGAAAUGACAACUCCUCACGUUUUGGUAAAUUCAUCAGAAUCCACUUUGGCACUACAGGGAAACUGUCAUCUGCUGAUAUUGAAACAUAUCUUCUGGAAAAGUCUAGAGUUACAUUCCAGCUGUCAGCUGAAAGAAGCUAUCACAUUUUCUAUCAGAUUAUGACAAACAAAAAACCAGAGAUUGUUGAAAUGCUUCUCGUGACUUCCAACCCAUACGACUUUCCAUCUGUCAGCCAGGGUGAGAUUGUUGUGAAGAGUAUCAAUGAUGAAGAGGAACUCCUGGCCACUGAUAAUGCCAUUGACAUACUGGGUUUCACCCCAGAGGAAAAGAACGGCAUCUACAAACUUACUGGCGCUGUCAUGCACCAUGGCAACAUGAAAUUCAAGCAAAAGCAAAGAGAGGAACAGGCUGAGCCAGAGGGCACAGAGGUGGCAGAUAAAAUUUCCUAUUUGAUGGGCAUGAACUCUGCUGAUUUGCUCAAAGCUUUGUGUUACCCAAGGGUGAAAGUCGGUAAUGAAUUUGUGACAAAGGGUCAAACUGUCCCACAGGUCUAUAACUCUGUUGGUGCCCUCUGCAAGUCUGUAUUUGAAAAACUGUUCUUGUGGAUGGUCACACGUAUCAACCAACAGCUGGAUACCAAACAACCAAGACAAUUCUUCAUUGGUGUCCUGGAUAUUGCUGGAUUUGAAAUUUUUGAUUUCAACAGCUUGGAGCAGCUCUGCAUCAACUUCACUAAUGAAAAACUGCAGCAGUUCUUCAAUCACCACAUGUUCGUCCUGGAACAGGAAGAAUACAAGAAGGAAGGCAUUGACUGGGAGUUUAUUGACUUUGGUAUGGAUUUGGCUGCCUGUAUCGAGCUUAUUGAGAAGCCCAUGGGUAUCUUCUCCAUCCUUGAAGAGGAGUGCAUGUUCCCCAAGGCCACUGACACCUCCUUCAAGAACAAGCUCUAUGAGCAACAUUUGGGCAAGUGCAAGAAUUUUGAAAAGCCAAAGCCUGGCAAAGGAAAGGCUGAAGCUCACUUCUCUCUGGUGCAUUAUGCUGGUACUGUGGAUUACAACAUUUCUGGCUGGCUUGAAAAGAACAAGGACCCACUGAAUGAAUCUGUAGUCCAACUUUACCAGAAGUCUUCACUUAAACUUCUAUCAUUGCUCUACUCCACCUAUGCUGCAGCUGAGGCUGAAGCUGGUGGCAAGGGUGGAAAGAAGAAGAAGGGAUCAUCCUUCCAGACUGUGUCUGCUCUCUUCAGGGAAAACUUGAAUAAACUGAUGACCAACCUGAAAAGUACCCACCCUCACUUUGUCCGCUGCUUGAUUCCAAAUGAGACUAAGACUCCUGGUAUUAUGGACAACCACCUGAUCAUGCACCAGCUGAGAUGUAACGGUGUAUUGGAGGGUAUUCGAAUCUGCAGAAAGGGAUUCCCAAGUAGAAUCAUUUAUGGUGAUUUCAAACAACGUUAUAAAAUCCUGAAUGCUAGUGCAAUUCCAGAGGGACAAUUCAUUGACAGCAAGAAGGCUUGUGAGAAGCUUCUGGGUUCAAUUGAUAUUGAUCAUAAUCAGUACAAACUUGGGCAUACCAAGGUGUUCUUCAAAGCUGGACUUUUGGGUACUCUGGAAGAAAUGAGAGAUGAAAAGUUGGCCCAACUUAUCACUCGCACACAGGCCCUUUGCAGAGGUUUCUUGAUGAGGAUGGAAUUCAAGAAAAUGACGGAACGAAAAGAGUCCAUUUAUAUCAUCCAGUACAAUCUCAGGUCAUUUAUGAAUGUUAAACACUGGCCAUGGAUGAAACUGUACUUUAAGAUUAAACCUCUUCUGAAGAGUGCGGAAACUGAGAAAGAGAUGGCAAACAUGAAGGAGGAGUUUGGGCAGACCAAGGAAGCUUUGUCCAAGGCAGAAGCAAAGAGUAAAGAACUAGAACAGAAAAUGGUUGCCCUAUUGCAGGAGAAGAAUGAUUUAGCACUGCAAGUUCAAUCGGAAAGUGAAACCUUGGCUGAUUCUGAGGAAAGAUGUGAAGGCCUCAUCAAAGUUAAAAUCCAACUGGAAUCUAAAGUCAAGGAGUUAACUGAAAGGCUUGAAGAUGAAGAGGAGAGCAAUGCAGAGCUGACAGCUAAGAAGAGGAAGUUGGAAGACGAAUGCUCUGAACUGAAAAAAGACAUUGAUGAUCUGGAACUUACAUUGUCCAAAGUAGAAAAAGAGAAGCAUGCCACAGAAAACAAAGUAAAGAACCUUACUGAAGAAAUGGCAACUCUUGAUGAGAACAUCUCCAAGCUCUCCAAGGAGAAGAAGGCCCUCCAGGAGGCUCACCAGCAGACACUUGAUGACCUACAGGCAGAAGAGGAUAAAGUCAGUUCUUUGACAAAGGCCAAAAUUAAACUGGAACAGCAAGUUGAUGAUCUGGAAGGAUCUCUGGAACAAGAGAAGAAACUUCGUCUUGACCUAGAGAGAACUAAGAGGAAAGUAGAAGGCGAUUUGAAAUUGUCUCAAGAAACAGUCAUGGAUCUUGAAAAUGAUAAACAGCAAGCUGAGGAAAAACUUAAAAAGAAAGAUUUUGAAAUAAGCCAGCUGCAAGAAAGAAUUGAGGAUGAACAAACACUGGGUUCUCAGCUGCAAAAGAAAAUCAAAGAACUGCAGGCUCGUAUUGAAGAACUUGAGGAAGAAAUUGAGGCUGAACGUGCAGUUCGCGGAAAGGUUGAGAAGCAGAGGGCAGAUCUUUCCAGAGAACUUGAGGAGAUCAGUGAAAGACUUGAAGAAGCUGGAGGUGCAACAGCUGCCCAAAUUGAAAUGAACAAGAAACGCGAAACUGAGUUCCAGAAAAUGAGACGUGACCUGGAAGAGGCAAGCCUACAGCAUGAAGCCACUGCUGGAGCCCUGCGCAAGAAGCAUGCUGACAGUGUAGCUGAGCUUGGGGAACAAAUUGAUAACCUGCAGCGUGUAAAACAGAAGCUGGAGAAGGAAAAGAGUGAGCUGAAGAUGGAGAUAGAUGAUCUUGCCAGCAACUUAGAGAAUGUCUCCAAAUCAAAGGCCAACCUUGAAAAAGUGAACCGUGUGCUUGAGGAUCAACUAAGUGAGGUUAAGGCUAAGGAUGAUGAGCACCAGCGUCUCCUCAAUGACUUUACAACCCAGAAAGCUCGCUUGCAAACUGAAAAUGAUGAGCUAUCCCGUCAGCUUGAAGAGAAGGAAUCUUUGAUUUCUCACCUCUCCAGAGGAAAGCAGGGGUUUACCCAGCAAACUGAAGAACUGAAGAGACAACUUGAGGAGGAGACAAAGGCUAAGAAUGCUCUUGCUCAUGCACUGCAAUCUGCCCGCCAUGAUUGUGACUUGCUCCGCGAGCAAUUUGAGGAGGAACAGGAAGCAAAGGCUGAGCUCCAGCGCUCACUGUCCAAAGCCAAUGGUGAGGUUUCCCAAUGGAGGACCAAAUAUGAAACUGAUGCCAUUCAGCGUACUGAGGAGCUGGAAGAAGCCAAAAAGAGGCUUGUCCAGCGUUUACAGGAAGCUGAGGAGCAAGUUGAGGCUGUGAACUCAAAAUGUGCCUCCUUAGAAAAGACUAAACAGAGGCUGCAGUCUGAAGUGGAGGAUUUGAUGGUUGAUGUAGACAAAGCAAAUGGCGCUGCAGCAGCUCUUGAUAAGAAGCAGAGGAAUUUUGAUAAGGUCCUGAUAGAAUGGAAGCAGAAGUAUGAGGAAGGACAAGCUGAAUUGGAGGCAGCUCUAAAAGAAUCUCGCAGCUUGAGCACAGAAAUCUUCAAGAUGAAGAAUGCUUAUGAAGAAUCCCUGGAACAAGUUGAGACCCUGAAACGUGAAAACAAGAACCUACAGCAGGAAAUCUCAGAUCUGACAGAACAGAUUGGAGAAGGUAGAAAGUCAAUCAACGAACUGGAGAAAGCCAAGAAGCAGGUGGAGCAAGAGAAGAAUGAUCUUCAGGCUGCCCUGGAGGAAGCCGAGGGAUCUCUUGAAUAUGAAGAGGCCAAGAUCCUACGUAUCCAACUUGAGCUGAACCAGGUGAAAUCUGAGGUGGACAGAAAGAUUGCAGAGAAAGAUGAGGAGCUUGACCAGCUGAAAAGAAACAGCCAAAGAGCUAUUGAUACCAUGCAGACCACAUUAGACUCUGAAAUCAGAAGCAGAAAUGAUGCUCUAAGACUGAAAAAGAAGAUGGAAGGAGACUUGAAUGAUUUAGAGAUCCAGCUCAGCCAUGCCAACCACCAAGCUGCUGAGGCACAGAAACAGCUUAGGAAUGUACAGGCUCAGUACAAGGACACCCAGCUUCAGUUGGAUGAUGCACUAAGGGGACAGGAAGACCUGAAAGAACAAAUUGCUGUGAUUGAACGCAGAAAUAACUUGCAACAAGCUGAAAUUGAAGAGAGCAGGUCUGCUCUGGAACAGACAGAGAGAUCUCGUAAGGUUGCUGAACAGGAACUUCUUGAUUCUAGUGAACGCAUACAGCUACUGCACUCACAGAAUACAAGUCUUAUUAACAGCAAGAAGAAGCUUGAAUGUGACAUUUCACAGCUCCAGAAUGAAGCUGAGGAAGCUGUACAAGAAGCCAGAAAUGCUGAAGAGAAGGCCAAAAAGGCCAUUAUAGAUGCUGCUCUUAUGGCUGAAGAACUGAAGAAGGAGCAGGACACCAGCGCCCACUUGGAGAGGAUGAAGAAGAAUCUUGAACAGACAGUGAAGGACCUGCAGCAUCAUUUGGAUGAAGCUGAACAGCUGGCUAUGAAAGGUGGCAAGAAGCAGCUGCAGAAACUAGAAACCAGGGUCCGAGAAUUGGAAAAUGAGCUGGACAGUGAACAGAAACGCGGUAUUGAAGCCAUAAAAGGUGUUCGCAAAUAUGAGAGAAGGGUGAAGGAACUCACUUACCAGACUGAAGAAGACAGAAAGAAUGUUCUGAGACUUCAGGACCUGGUGGACAAACUUCAGCUGAAGGUUAAAGCCUACAAAAGACAGGCCGAGGAGUCUGAUGAACAAGCCAAUGCCCACCUGAGCCAUUUUAGGAAAGUGCAGCAUGAGCUUGAGGAAGCAGAAGAGAGAGCUGAUAUCGCUGAAUCUCAAGUAAAUAAGCUGAGGGCAAAAAGCCGCGAUAUCGGAGGCAAGAAAGAAUCUGAAGAGUGAAGAC